AUGAAGAUCCUCGAGUCGCCCCUCAUGGGGGAGUUUAUUGGCUACCUCAAGGCGAACUGGGGCGGCAGCUCCCGCGUCAGCCAGCGCCGGCGCCGGCUGCGCCAGCUCGUGGCCAUGGUGCAGGGCGUGGCGGCCGCCGCCGAGGGCCGCCCGGCGGUGCGCGAGAGCUCCGUCAACCGCUGGCUGCAGCUGCUGCGCAGGGAGGCGCUGCGCGGCCAGGCGGUGCUCGACGCCACCACCGACCCCUCCGCCGUCGUCGGGUCCGCAAAAAAGUUCCUGGCCGGCGUCAAGGCCUUGUUCGUGUGCAGCGCCGAGGUUGACCGCCUCACCGACGCCGUCGAGGCGCUCGAGCAGCUCGCGGGACCCGGCGGCGACCUCCACAUCUUCCUCAAGGUGCUGCAGCUCGACGCCGCCGCCGCCGACAUGGAUGUGGACCACGACGCCCCCGCCUUCGCCGCUAAGCAUUAUGUCGAGCAAGAAAGCUUCUCCGUCCCCACCGCGCCGGGCGAGAAGAGGAAGCGCGGCGGGAGCUCCGGCGUCGACCAGGCUUGUGAUGGUAGCGACGGCGACGGAGAAGGCGAGGCGGCGUCCCACGGCCGUGUCCUCCUGGAGCGCCCCUACCGCACGAAGCGGCGUCAUGCCCUGGCGUGCAAGCGCCACACCCGCUCCGGCCCUCCGCUGCCGGCGGGGCCCGGCCGUUCCGUGGCGGUGGCGGAGGCGAUGGUCAGGGUGCGCCGCCGCAUCGGGGCGCCGAGCCUCGGCCGGCCAUUCUCGAGGAUUUCGUUACAGUGA